GGGGAAUCGAACCGGCGUCGUUUCGCGUACUUAAUAAAAUUGUACAAAGUGGUGGGGUCUGUCUUCUUCCUUUCCUCUUCCUUGUGCUGCCAACAUCAACAGCAAAUGGAGAUGUCUUCUGCGUCCGCCAUGUUUGGUCAAUGUCAAUCCUCCGCUCAGCUUGUGAGACCCAACCUCGGGUUUAAGGUUUUGAUUCAUCGGCGAGCGUCGAUCGUUUCCUCUUCGCUUCCCCGAUUUCUGCGGAUGGAAUCUCAAUCUCACACUCGUAAAUUUGUCUCCUGCGCUUCUUCUUCUCCCAGCGCGAAUUCUUCUUCUUCUUCCUAUAUCGAAUCUGAUCGAAUUGGAGAAGUGAAGAGAGUAACAAAGGAGACGAAUGUGUCAGUGAAGAUAAAUUUGGAUGGCAAUGGAGUUGCUGAUAGCUCUACUGGAAUUCCUUUCCUUGACCAUAUGUUAGAUCAACUUGCUUCACAUGGCUUGUUUGAUGUUCACGUUAGAGCCACUGGUGAUGUUCACAUCGAUGAUCAUCACACUAAUGAAGAUAUAGCUCUUGCCAUUGGAACAGCUCUGUUAAAGGCCCUUGGUGAGCGUAAAGGGAUUAACCGGUUUGGUGACUUCACAGCUCCUCUAGAUGAAGCGCUUAUACAUGUUUCCCUGGACUUGUCUGGUAGACCAUAUCUUGGUUACAACUUGGAGAUUCCAACACAGAGAGUUGGAAAUUAUGACACUCAGUUGGUGGAGCAUUUUUUCCAGUCAUUGGUGAAUACUUCCGGUAUGACACUUCACAUUCGGCAGCUUGCUGGUGAAAACUCUCAUCAUAUAAUAGAGGCGACCUUUAAGGCAUUUGCUAGGGCUUUACGACAAGCGACGGAGAAUGAUCCUCGCCGUGGAGGCACGAUACCAAGUUCUAAAGGAGUCUUGUCACGGUCCUGAGAGCUGAAGCAGUAGCAAGAAAACUCCAAGAUUCACUCUUUCACGAGUUGCUAAAUGUCUUGUUCGAUAUUUGAACUCUGUUCGUUUGCAGAAGCGCGAAGAACAAAAAAGUGAAUAGGGUGAUGAUGAUCAACAACACACUUCGGGUAGACGAUGGAUUGAUCUUUAUAAUUAAUCUGUCGAUGAAGAGUGUUUUUGUAUUUCUGCAUUUGAAUAUCUCUUUGCCAUUGAUAUGUAUCAAACUCGGAAACUUAACUGCUACAAAAGUCAAUGUUCUGUUUCUGUUAAACGACAGCGUUUUAGGCUAUAAACGAUGCCGUUUCGUGAUUUUCCGAUGGAUAUUUCCCGUCUUCCUCGCGCUUCAAUGAUCAAAAAUCUAGCAAUCGAAUUUUUCUUAGCUUUACGAUUCUUCUUCCAUAUAGAAGAUCAGAUUUCAUCGCAAGCUUAUUGCUGAUUACGAAGAUCGAAACCAAUUCACGGCCGUUAAGGAUGGUCGGUGGCAACAACGCCAAGUCAUCAACGAGCAAGCCUCCGGCGUCCUCCGCUCCCAUUGCUGCUGCGGCUGCUUCUUCUUCUUCCCAUGAUCGUAAACCUCGUUGGGCUUCGAGCAACAAUGGAGGUGGAAGCAGUAAGAACAACAGCAACAAUAACAAUAGCAAGCCGACGACGACGAGUGGACAGAAAUUCGCCGAUAAGAAACUGCCGAGGCCGAAUCCGAAUCCAAAUCCUUCUCCUAAGCUAGCUCCGAUACCGAACCAAUCCCAUCCGAAUCAUCCCAAUCGACCACCCCAAUCUUCACGUCCCGUUCCUGGCUCUACUCAUCCCUCGGCACAAUUCGCUUUCCCAGAUUCGUCCGCGGCGGCGCUCGGUGCUCCUCCUGCGCCGACUUAUGGGUUCCAUAUGCUGGAGCGGCGUACCAUCGCUCUCAUCGACGGAAGUGUCCGGUCCUACUUCGCGCUUCCGCCUAAUUACCGUGAUUUUCCUCCGCAAAGCAGGCUCCCUGAUCCGGCCGCUAAUAGAUUCAUGGGACCGGAAUUUGGCAGAUUCGCUCCUUUUCAUCCGGAGGAGUUCCGAGAUCAGCGGCAGCUCUGGGAUCGGCCGGAGGGAUCGAUGAAACGGAAACAUCCAGGUGAAGAAGAGAUUGAUAGGAGGGACGAGAGAGGUGAAAUGCUGAGAGUAAGACACCAGUUUAUGCAGUAUGCGAAUCCUAAUGAUCAAUCGCUCAUGGCUGGCACGAGUAGUCCUUUCCAGAGGGAUGUUGGAGAAGACGCGAGAGCAGCUAAGCAUAUGCGUGUAGGAUCAAGUAGGCAUGAUAAUGGUGGUCAGGGGAUUAGGCAUGAUAAUGGUGGUCAGGGGAUUAAACAUCUCCAGGUUGACCAGGUUGCGCUAAAGAAGUCGUUUUUGGAUUUUGUGAAGCGGGUAUACGAGGACCCGUUGGAGAAGAAGAACUAUUUGGAGAACGGAAGGAAAGGGCCGCUUCAGUGUCUCGUCUGCGGCAGGUUCGAUGGGUUUCAAUCUGCUUCUUGUGUUUGUUUUUUGCUGAGGUUCAUUUUACUUGUGCUGGAGACUCUUAUUGCCUUGUUCUUGAUGGUUGCUUUGAUUAGUCAAUUGUGUCUUAGAUGGGUUAAUGAACAUGAAGAAAGUAAGAGAGAACACUAAAAUACCUUUGUUACUUCUGUUUGAUACUUUUGUUACUUCUGUUCGAUUAGCAUGUUUAACUUGUUCACAAUAUUGCACUAUCUUUACAUGCUUUAGUGGUUGUGAUGUUAGCAAAAUGUGUACUGUUCCUGAUUAGCUUGACCAUUUAUCUUGUUCGUUGUUUACGAUGCAUUUAACAAUACGAUGAUUUAGGUUCAACUAAGUUCUCGUCUCCUUUGUACCUUUUGCUUGACUGCUCUUUUUGCUGGCUUUAAAGCAGAAAAUGGUUGCGGGUUUUCUUACGCCUGUUGGCUUUAGGCUUAAAUUCUAUUUUGAUCCAGUUGAUUAUACCAUUAUACACUGGAUUCUUUUUCUGGAACUAAUGUUGCAUCUCGUUUGUUUUAACCUCUGAUCCACAUCAUAUUCAUUGGUUUUGGAUAUCUAUCGACUCAAGUUAUUAAUCCUUGCUUCUUGCAGGCUUAUAUUUUAUACUUAGUUCAGUAUAAUGGUAGUUUUCUUGCUGCUGUUUUAAAUUAGGGUGCUUAUAUGUCUAUGGUUAUUUGUUUUGAUGAUCACGCGCCUUACUGUUUAUUCUUCUCAGGAUUACUUCUAUUUUGAAUUGAUUAUCAAAUAUAUAAUUGCUUUUAGGUUUUCGUAACCAUGAUACAGUUCUUUCUUAUUAGUGGGAGUGACCCUUAAUUCAAUGUUCUAUGAUCAGUAGUAAGCCAACUUGGAAUCGGAGUUGGGCACUUUUCGAUUGCGUUUUAAUUUUCUUGCUCACGGUCACCUCACAAAGUCUUUGCACCAUGUAUCUGGUAUUUAGUCUCAGUGCUCGUGCUUGUGAUUCGUGGAACUUUCUCUAUGAAUCCAGCAUUUUAAUUGACGGACUUCAUAUUCUUAAUUCCUUAGGUGAUGUAGAUACUGCAAGUCUCAACUUUUAUUUGUGAUUGUACACACUUCCAUCUAAAUUUGUCUUGUUUGAUAACUAGAUGGAGGUUGUCAUUUAGUUUGGCAUAAUGAAUGAAUUGUUGCUUAGAUGGCCAUUUCAAUCAAUGUCAAUGAUGCUAGAUUAGUAGACUAUAGUAGCAACUUAUCUAUUUUGAAUGCUGUUUUUUUUCAUUCUUUUGAUCUAAAAGCUUACGGUAGAGUUCUCUGAAUCCUUUAUUAUUAUCUUUAACGUUCUUUAACCCUUCUGCUAUGUUAUGAUGGUAGUCCACAUAAUUGCGCAGAGGUUUUAUGUGUUGUUUCUGUAUGUUAUAUGUUUUUCUAGCAUCACCUAUAACCCUGGUCUGUAGCUUAAUUUUAUCACUGGCUCCUGCGUAUACGUUUGAAUUCCUGUUCGUCAAAUACGCUAGUUGUGGAUUUUGCUUAGCACACUUAAUCAUUUAAGUUUAUAUCACUAGUUUUACCGUUCUACAUUGAACGGUAUUAACUGCUGUAUGCAGAAUUUGCGUGGUAAAUCUGAAUGAGUGUUUUCAAUUCGACUUAUGCUAAAACACAGGUCUCCUAAAGACGUCCAUGAUACACAUGGUUUGGUGAUGCACACAUACUGUUGUGAUGAUGUCAGCACACGUGUGCAUCACUUAGGCCUACACAAAGCUCUCUGUGUAUUGAUGGGAUGGAAUUUCUCAAAGGCUCCUGAUAAUUCAAAGGCAUACCAGAAUCUACCUGCUGAAGUGGCUGCAAUCAACCGAGACCAGCUGAUUAUUUGGCCACCUCAUGUUAUUGUUCACAAUACCAGUACAGGGAAGGGCAAAGAUGGGCGCAUGGAAGGUCUUGGAAGCAAAAGAAUGGAUAACCGAAUCAGAGAACUAAACCUCACCGGUGGGAAAUCAAAGUCACUGUAUGGAAGAGACGGUCAUUUAGGAAUCACCCUCUUGAAAUUUGCGGGAGACGAUUCAGGGCUCGGGCAAGCUAUGAGAAUGGCGGAAUACUUUGAGAAGACUAACCAUGGGCGUAAGAGUUGGGCCGGGUUACCACCAUUCACUCCAAGCAAAGACGAUGAGAAAAACCAUAGUCUUGUCGAGGUUGAUGCUAGGACUGGUGAGAAAAGGAGGGUCCUUUAUGGUUAUCUCGCGACCAUAGCAGACUUGGAUAAAGUCGAUUUAGAAACGAAGAAGAAGACCACAAUCGAGAGCCUUAGAGAACUCACAGGAUCAAAGUAAAUUAUAUAGUUCUCAACCCAAAAAGGUACACUUUUACUUGCGAGGUAUUAAUUGCCUAUUGAAAUCUGGAUUCUUAGUCAUAAAUUCGAAAAACUCGAAAGGAGAAAGCAAAGUUUGUUCUUGUUUUUUAGAUGGAUAAAUUUUUUUGGUUAUCUUGAUCACAUUGCAUAUAGACUUUAUAGUAUACGAGCUUCUGUUUCUACAUCCUCCUUGGAAGUAUAUUGUGAUAUAGUGUGCGUGAUGCUUUUGAAUGAUACCCUUUGUUGAUUCUUUAAUUUGGUUUCUUCUUUCCCUUUUGGUUAUGUCUUCUUGUUUCUUUAAGCUUUAGCCAGCUAAUAAAAAAGUAACUGGUUCUUAUCUUUUGCUCACUCACAUGUGACAUGCCCUAAAGAAUAUUCUUAGUCCUAUGGUUGCUUACGUUAUGUCUGUUUAGAUAUCAAAUGUGAAUAUUGAACUAAACAAUAGUGUCUUAGUGCAUUUGUCUAUGACAUCGAGUUAGAUUGGUGAUAUUUUUUGAUACCUUAGAUUGGUGACAACAAUUGUGUUACUAACUAGCAAUAAAUAACUUGGUAUAUUAAUAUAUAUAAAUUGAGAUGAACAAAAAUAUCAGAUUGUGGGGGC